ACUCCUUUCGCAAGCCAGCGUCGCCACUUCAGGUUCAUGGCCAAUAGUCCAAGACAUUUGUGUGACACUUGUGUGCAAAUCGAUCAAUUGGGGUGUGCUGCUGCUGCAUAGUGAAUGCGACUUUUCUUCACUUUCAAGGAUUAUCGGUGGGCUCGGAGCCAACAACAUCACAAGCUUAAAAAUGCAGUUUUCCAGCCACUUGCAGGCACUAACUGUCUCGCUUAUAUAAUCAUCAUCAUCAUCGACGACGUCGUCGUCGUCGUCGUAGUGCUGCAGAAGCUGCUGCUUGUCGUCUAACGAGAUGAGUACCCAUCCCCCAUAGCGUGUAGUUCUUCUCCUGAAUAGCAAUAACAGUGAUAAUUCAAAAAAAAAAACAUUCCAACUAACAUCGACACGUCCAACAAAGUGACUAAUUAUGAGUGAACGCUAAGUAACGUUACGCGGAAACGCGAUAAUCUGAGCAAAAGUGCGUGCGCGUUAAUUAAUUGUGUGUAUUUGUACGCGAUAAACUGUGCGUUUCUGAGUGUGUUUGUGCGUUUGUGACUGCAAAGCAUGGCCGGUCCCCACCUGGACGAGUCCACCGUGACGACACCGUCGAUAACCGGCGGCGUCGUUGUCAACACGGCGUCGCUCAGCCUGUCGCGGCCAACGAAUUACGACAGCUCAAUCUGCACCAUCGACGACUUCAUCUCCCACCUGAAGCACAAGGAUCUGGAGAAUGACGUAUCGAAGUAUCUGAGCCACAAGCAGCGGCCACUGUGCCGCAGGGUCCUGAGCUACCUGCGGACGGCCUGGAUGGGCGCCAAGUUCACCUCGAAAACUGAUCUAGACUGCGAGCUCGAGGAGAUCGCGUCCCCGCCCAAGUACCGCCCGGAGUCCAUCGCGGCCCUGUGCGCAGCGACGCGGUUCACCGAGGCCGAGAUCAAACGGAUCUACCGGGGCUUCAAGGCGGAGUGUCCGGCCGGCAUCAUCCGAGAGGAAACGUUCAAAUUUAUCUACGCCCAGUUCUUCCCCCAGGGUGCAAACACAAACCUUUACGCCCACUACGUGUUCAACACAUUAGAUAAGGACCAUACAGGGAUUCUAAGCUUCGAGAACUUUGUCCAGGGCCUGUCGAUACUGUCCCGAGGUACACUGGAGGAGAAGCUGUGCUGGACGUUCUCGCUUUACGACAUCAAUCACGAUGGCAAAAUAACCCGAGAGGAAAUGACUGACAUCGUGACGGCCAUCUACCUGCUGAUGGGAGACCGCGAGGACGGCGGCUCGGACGAGGCCCAGAUCAAAACCAAGGUGGACCAGAUCUUUGAGAAAAUGGAUACCAAUCGCGAUGGUGUGAUAACGAUAGAGGAAUUUCUGGACUGCUGCCAAAAGGACCAGCUCAUCUCGGACUCGAUGGGGGUGUUUGACUCCACCAUAUGACCUUUGGAGAAAUUGCAUUCGCUUCCGGCGUAUGUAGCGAGUCAAGGAAAGUUUGCUGAUACCACCGAGAGUUUGAGUCAGCACACUGAUAUGUAUAAAUCGGACACAACCAACGGACCAAGGACAGGGGAGAUCCACAAGACUGCCAGCGUUCCAAAAUCACAAACGUCAGCCAACAGCAAUCCGGCGAGCAAGUCCACCCGUUCAAGCAAUCGUAAGCAAUCCAUCCUGAUG